CAUAGAAUCGAGAGAGGAGGGAGUAGGGGGAGCCUCAUUCAGAGCAGCUAGUGUGAGGAGUGGAGCUGACCUAAUGUGGGAAAGUAAACAUUAUUUCCAGUCUAUUCUGCCGGAGCCCUAGGAGCUCUUAAAGCAGACAUACAGGGGAAUGAGUGAGGAACCUGCCAGUAUAUAAUCAGGAUGUUCAUGGGAGUUAACCAGGAUUAAAGAGUCCACAGGGAGUAACUGAAGCUUGUUGGAGGAAAUACUACCGAGGACAAGAAGAGCUUAUGUCCACUGUGAAUUAUCAGCAGCAACAGAGGGAGGAAGAGGAGGAGGAAGAUGAAGAGCAAGGAGAGAAGUUUGAGUUUGAUGACAGUGCUGAUGAGAAAGACCCAGUGGAAGCCAUGCAAACGGCAAAUGAGUCAUCUAUGGAGGCCACAAGCCAACCACAUGACAAUGCAGUAACAACACCCCUUGCACACUCACAACAGCACCUCAAUGCAAUGCCCCCUGCUGGUCAGGAGGACAAUCCCUCACAGGGACAAGACUCCACGGCCUCUUCAGAUGUUCCAGUUAGCAACCCACCCAGGCGGGUCUCUGGCCCGGUUGAGCUGGUUGAGCCCAUCGCUGCAGCACCUUCAGUGGGAGAGCAGCCCAGGGAGGAGUCCAAGGAAAGGUCUGGUCCUGGAGACAUGUUACCAGUGGAGAACCAGACCGACUCGGAGGACCAUAGCGUGGAGACUGAGAAGAAGAGCUCCAGCUUGAGAGAACACUCUGAAGGUGAGGGGGUGGAUGAUGAUGAGGCCGAUGCAGCACUCCAGACAGGGAGCCCGGAGGUGAUCUAUGAUGACGUGCCCUGUGAGGGACCACUCUCCCCUGACGAAGGGGACAUGAUCUACGAGGAUGUGCACAGAGAAGAAAUGCCCCAGGGUGCAGGCAAUGGUUGGAGCUCCAGUGAGUUUGAAAGUUACGACGAGCAGUCUGAUACCGAGAGCAAGCUACCAACCCGCAGCAAGCAGUACUCCCCUGACGUGCGUCGGCUGAGGGAGCGUUGUGCCAGGACCAAACGUGAAAUAGCCAUGAGGCUGGGUGGGAAAAACAACUAUGACACCAAGGUUCAUCAGCUAAUGAAGGCCGCUAGAAGUGGGACCAAGGAUGGAUUGGACAAGACCAAAAUAGCCUUCAUGCGGAGAGUCUCCUUCCUGCACAAGAAGGACCACUCAGAGGAUGUGGAGGAUGAUGCAGGGUACCUGGAUGUGGCUGUGUCGGAGGUGAAACAGCCUCCUGCACAGCUGAGCCCCAUGCCUGAGGGGCUGAGCAGCCAGCAGGUGGUUAGACGCCACAUCCUGGGUUCCAUCAUUCAGAGUGAGCGCAGUUAUCUUGAGUCCCUCAGGAGAAUCCUUCAGGAGUACCAAAGGCCCUUGCUAGAGGCGGACCCACGCAUUCUGAGCCCACGGAAGAUCCGGCCCAUAUUUCACCGUCUACGGGAGAUCACUCAGUGUCACUCCAUGUUCCAGAUCGCACUGGCAUCACGUGUGGCUGAGUGGGACAGCAGUGAGAAGAUUGGGGACCUAUUUGUGGCCUCGUUUUCCAAGUCCAUGGUGCUAGAUGUUUACAGCGACUAUGUCAAUAACUUCACCAAUGCCAUGGCCCUCAUAAAGAAGGCAUGCAUGUCCAAACCAGCUUUCCUGGAAUUCUUAAAGAAGAAGCAGGCAUCCAGUAUUGAUCGGAUCACCCUGUACGGCCUCAUGGUGAAGCCCAUCCAACGCUUUCCCCAGUUCAUCCUAUUACUGCAGGACAUGCUGAAGAACACACCUAAGGGUCACGUAGACCGCCUGCCUGUGCAGCUGGCUCUGACUGAACUGGAAAUGCUGGCCGAGAAGCUGAAUGAACAGAAACGUGUGGCCGACCAAAUAGCUGAGACUCAGCAGCUAGCACGCAGUGUCAGCGACCGCUUGCUCUGCAAGCAACUGAACUCAGACCAGGGGUCACUGGUGCUUUGUGAGACGUUGAUUGAGACGGUGUACGGGGAGCGUGGCCAGGUCCUGAAGUCUAAGGAGCGCAAAGUCUUCCUCUUCAACGAUAUACUCAUCUGUGCCAACAUCAACAUCAAGUAAGUGGUGGGGGCCCCUGAUAUCAGCAGCCUGGUCCCUGUUGGGCCAAAGUACACAAUGAAGUGGAGUGCCCCCCUGCUGCAGGUCCAGGUGGUGGAGGUGGGUCAGGAGGCCUCCCAGGCCAAGGAUACCUUGUUCCAGCAUGGCGGUGCCAAGCACCCUGGCAGUGCCUGUCCCCCAGGGAAGGUGAUCCUGGGUCCUCCUCGGCUCUACCAGGAGCUCCAGGAGCUGCAGCACGACCUGUCUGUGGUAGAGGAGAUCUCACUACUGGUGGGAACGCUACAGGGGACAUACCAGAACCUGAACACGACCGUGGCCCAGGACUGGUGUCUAGCUCUCCAGAGACUCAUCCGGAUCAAGGAGGAUCAGAUUCAGAGUGCCAACAAGUGCCGCUUACGCCUGCAGGUGCCUGGAAGACCAGACAAGUCGGGACGUCCUGUCAGCUUCAUGGUGGUUUUCAACACCCCCAGUCCCCUCAGCAAGAUCUCCUGGGUCAACCGGCUGUACCUGGCCAAGGUCGCACAGCGAGAGGAGAACACACCAGGAUGGUUCUGUGCAGAAGAUGAAGGGAAGACCAUGGCACCAUUUUGGCCUUUACUCACCUGCCGUGUGCCUGUCUUCGCCACCAAAUCCUCGGACAGGAAGCUUGAAGCUGCCCUUCACAAUCCGGUGCAGUGUGCUUUGCUGGGCUUCUCUGCAGCGAGCACCUCGCUACCUCAAGGCUAUCUCUGGGUGGCCAGUGGAGGAGAUGCUACCCAGGGGCAGGUGGAGAUCUUCUCCCUGAACAGACCCACACCACGCCCAGUGAAGAGCCUCCAGGUGGGGGCCCCAGUGAGGUGUCUGGAGUAUGUGCCUGAACCCAGCACCCCAGAGGAGAUGGAGGCUGUGGCCCUCAGGAGCUCUACUGGGGUGGGGAACACCAUUUGUCUGGGACUGGAUGAUGGAAGCAUCCUGGUGUAUGGCAGUGUGGACACUGCAGCCCAGUGCCUGUUGACCCUGUGUAACCCUCAGCGCUGUCCUGUCCUGUGCCUCAAACACUCCAUCAACUUCCUGUUCGCUGGGCUCAGAGAUGGAACCAUGAUGGUGUAUGGACGAAGUAAUGGUGGUGAGCUGUGGGAGCCAGACACCUGCAGGACUGUGAGUGUGGGCCCGGAGCCUGUGCGAACUCUUCUGGUACUGGAGGACUCUGUGUGGGCCAGCUGUGCCAACUCUGUGACCGUCAUCAAGGGCUCCAGCCUUUCCACUCAGAGGUUUGAGGUGCACCCAGAACCCAUGGUGAGCGUGGCCCAUAUGGUGCGGGCUGGAGGAGGAGUCUGGAUGGCCUUUAGUGAGGGCUCUUCUAUUCGCCUGUUCCACACUGAGACACUGGAGCAUCUGCAGGAAAUCAAUAUCUCCACACGAGUAUCUUUGCACAACCCAGGCCAGAAGAGCAUGCGUGUCACCAGCCUGCUCCUCUGCCAGGGGCUUCUGUGGGUGGGGACUGCCCAGGGAGUCAUCAUCACCCUGCCCGUGCCCAAACUGGAGGGCAUUCCCAAAAUAACAGGAAAGGGGAUGACCUCUCUGAAUGCCCACUGUGGUCCGGUGGACUUCCUGGUGGCCACCUCCAGCACCCUGUCCGCAGAGCUGCUGAAGAGGGACUCUGUGGGGGAUGGACCCGACUCUGCCUGCGGAGGGGAGGACCGCAGUGACUCCUCCUCCCAGGAGUCUCUUCAGCAGUCAGGCUGCUCCCAGGGGGAGGGGCGGGGCAAGGGUCGGGGUGUGCUGCUACAGUACAGGCUACGCUCCACGUCGGGGUUGCCGGGGCGAGCACUGACGGCACGGGGCGACGAGGCGUCUGACUCCUCUCUGGAAUCUUUGGAACAAAGACUGGAGGACGGCUCCAUCUAUGAGCUCAGUGACGACCCUGAGAUGUGGGUGCGGGGGCGCCCCUGUGAGCGAGAUAGGGGGCGUAGGGACAGGGUGACCUCGGCCGCGGUCAUAUCCGGGGGCAGGGGCUUCCAAAGACUGAGGGAAGGGACAGCAGAGUGCACGGGUGUGGAGACUUCAGAAACAACCCUGAUGGUAUGGCAAAUGCCACUAACUGUGUGACCUGGACAUCAACAUUCAUGCAGUGUAGAGUGGAGAAACAGCUCUUUAUCCCCGAAUCCUCUCCAUUCAAUAAUGACAGGAACUUGAACCAUGUGAGAGAAGUGUGUUAGUGCUGGCACAGAGCACAAGGCCAGGCAGAUGGCUCCUUGUGUGGGUUCAGGAACUCCUGCAUGCUCCAUCUGAGGAGACCUGCUGGUGGCCUGUGAGGCAUGGGGCACUGACAUCCCAUUGGUGGCUCUGUGUGUAUCCUCUUCCUCAGCCAUAGGCCCAGGGCAUUUCUUGUGACAGCUUAAACUAGUCCUCUCCCCUCCUUGCCAAAAUGGAUAUCCCGAAAUCAAGCGUCAUUAGACUGACUGUGCUCACCUCACACACAUUUAUCUCUCACAGUUGACAGCAUUCCUCUGUAACAAUGGACCACAUUCCUUUGAGAGCGACCGUUUGUUGAAUUUACCAUGCUGCAGUGCUGGAGAUGGACAUCUUUUAUCUGAUCCUUUGGGAGAGAACCCAUCAGUUUAGAGCUGAGAAACUACUGUUGGUUUACGAAGGACUUAUUUAGUUCUGUUAGUUCAGUAAGCCUCGUGCUCACUCCCUGGCAAUGUGAAAUAUGUGAAAUGUCUGUCAUAGUGUGUCACAAUUGAAUCUGUGCCUCUAGGAAAUUAAAGUGUGUUAGACACUGACUAUGAGUCCUUAAUCGUCUGAUGUUUUACAGUAUACUGCAUAAAUAUGCGGGUUAUCUGAGGUAUCAUUGACAAAGAGGAUUCCUAAGAGGGAAUAGAAGGCAGAUGUGUCCUGGUCUACAUCAGUUUAGAGGUUUUAACUUUAAAUGUUCCUACUCGCAUUACUGCAAAAUAGAUACCAUACUGUAGAUCUUUAUUGUCGAUGACAAAGACAUUGUACAUUGUUAAUUUUAAGUUAGUUAAGCAAACAUAUAGGCUCACAAUUAUUUAACCUUUGUUACACAUCAAAAGGCCUACUGAAUUAACUGUCUCCUUUCCUUCACUUCCUUUGUGAAGCCAUUGCCAUCGGUGGUCUGGUGUGCUAACAGAGACAUGGUAUUAUCCUGCCCUGUUCCUGUUUCUAUUCUUCCACAAUGGAAAAGACCUUUGACAACAUCUUUGAAAAGUGUUCAUUUACAAAUUAAUUGAGAUGUUUGGCUAUGAAUGCAUGGCAUUGAAGUGUUCUUUUAAAUUGCCUGAACUGCUGGAUGGAAGUGAUGGUUGAUUACAUAUUUUGUCACGACUUCUGUAGAAUCUGUUAAUAAUUCCAGUUACAUCUCCACAUCUGACUACUCUAUUUCAUCCCAGUUGAAGGCCAUGCUUUCUAUGGUUUUGAAACAUUCUUUGUCAUUUUACUUAAUCUCCCUGGCAUUGACAGACAGCAGCUUUUCAAUAGAAAACACAACUCAAUACAGAGCGUUGAGGUGUUUCUAUCCAAACGUACACAUGAGAAAAGCUGUUUAAAGCAUACUGUCAAAAACCACAGAACCUAUUUAGUGUUUCUAUGAUAAUACUAUUCCACAACACUUUUCUGGAGGUCCCCAACAAGUCAAGGUUAUUUGGAUGUAGCCAGAGGGUAUGAUUGAGUAACCUUUAUGUAGUAUAGAUUAUUCAUCCACAAACACUACCUGUAUGUACAACAAUUGUUUCAGUGGUUUGCCUUUCCCACUGCUGGGGUGUUUGCUCAGACGUUAUUGCACCAUAUAUCUUAGUGUGUUUCCAUCUCUCUCAUCCAUUCACACUCAUUAUUAUUUGAUCUAUUCAAACUCCUAAAUGGAGAUUGUCCAUUAUAACUUCACACUCAUACCGACCAUACUGUCUGUUCUUAUAAAACCGAUUUGUGCAGCUUUUUGAAGCUUCCCUUAAUUCAACUUUCAUUCACAUAACUGAAAAUAAUGUGCACUUAUAAUACUAAAGACUUCGACACACCUGUGGUAGAGGAAGAGGCUUGUGAUGAGUCGGCUGGUUUAACUUUUGAUUAUGAUGAAAUAAUUAUGUGACUCAGUUGUGUACGUUGAUAGAGUGAGAAGUCUUUAACAUUAGAUUAAUAAUGUUAAGUUACAUUGCACAUAUAAAACAUUGCUUUUCUCCAUUACAUGUCAAUUCCAAUGUCCUAUUGGUACGUUACUAAACACAUGCUUACAUACUGUACUGUAAAAGUGUUUCAUCAUUCAUGUGUAAUAUGGCAAUGUUAAAUAAAUACUUCAUAG